AUGAAUAUAGAUCUAAGAUUGCUGGUGCGCCUUCUGAUCGCCAUUCUAUUGGCUUCCUUGGUAUCCACCAUUAUAAUGGGCAGUCAGAUACACAAAAGAAUAGUGAAUUCCUUGGCAAAGAAAAUCAACCAAAGGGAUAUUCCUAUAACGGAAAUGCCAACCAGACAGCUCCCGAAAAGAGAGAUCCCUAGAAAAGUGGUAAUCCUAAGCCAAAAUGAAUUGGAUGUUUUGAAAAUCCAGCCCCACGGAAAGUUUCACCUGCCAAAUCAAGAAGCUAUGAAGGAUUGGCAAAGCUGUCCCAUUAAAGAGCAUCAAUGGGGAACGGGAUUGGGUGAACUGGGAAAAGCAGCUGAGUUACCGAGUGCUAAUGAAAAAGAAGCAGCAGAUAAGCUCUAUAAACUGCAUGGUUUUAAUGCAAAACUCUCCGAUUUCAUUGCCCUUAACAGAUCUUUGCCGGAUAUUCGACCUUUAAGUUGCUGGAAACGUGAAUAUCUAGAGGUGCUGCCAAAUGUUACUAUAAUAAUGGCAUUUCAUAAUGAACAUCUCAGCGUUUUGCUAAGAUCGUUAACAAGCAUCAUUAAUCGCUCUCCUCGCGAGUUACUCAAGCAAAUUGUCCUCGUGGAUGAUGGCAGUAAUUUACCGGAUUUGGGGAAAAAACUUAAGGACUUUGUGGCGAUGAACUUUCCCAAAAUAGUUGAGAUAGUCAGACUUAAAGAGCAUCGUGGUCUUAUUAAAGCAAAAGUGGAAGGAGCCAAAAGAGCCACCAGCCAAGUUUUAAUCUUUCUAGAUUCCCACAUCGAAGUGAAUAUCAAUUGGCUACCUCCCCUGCUAGAACCCAUAGUUGUAAAUCGGAAAAUAGUUACCGGUCCCAUUUCGGAUGUAAUAUUGCACAAAACAUUCGCUUAUAUGAAGUAUAAUGCAUUAACCCGUUCUGGAUUUAAUUGGUUGCUUGAGAUUAAGGAAUUGCCGCCUUUUUACGAUGAAGUAGAACUUCUUUCCAGGCCGUAUCGCACACCUCUUUUAGUAGGUCCUUUGGCGAUUGACAGAAACUAUUUUUGGGAACUGGGAGGUUAUGAUGAAGAGCUGAAACUCGUGGGCGGCGAGCAGUUCGAGAUGAGCUUCAAGGUUUGGAUGUGUGGCGGAAUGUUGCUAUAUGUUCCCUGCUCCCGAGUGGGACAAUUAAACAAAGAACCCAAGACGAGUACAAGGGAUAACGAUUUAGUGGCCAGGAACUUCAAACGAGUAGCUGAAGUGUGGAUGGAUGAGUAUAGAAAAUACGUUUACGACUCGAAUCCAGAACUCUAUAAAAACACGCACCCAGGAUCUCUUAACCAUUUGAAAACCCUAAGAACAUCGCUUAAGUGCAAAUCUUUCGACUGGUACAUGAACUAUGUGGCUGCGGAUUUUCUGAAAGCAUUUCCUCCCGAGGAUCCUUCGCAUAUUUUAUCGGGUUCGAUUGAAAGCGUGGCUUUUCCUGGAUUCUGCGUGGACUCCCUGCAUCAGAAGCACAUGAAACCAGUGGUUCUAUCCCGCUGCACUGGAAAUAAAACGGAACCCGGUGAAUCUCAAAACUGGUUUCUAACGGAGGACCAUGAGAUUCGACUGACAACGAGUGAAGAUGAUUGCCUGGAAGCGCAGGGACUUAAGUCUAAGUCAGUGUGGCUCUUUCGCUGCCAUGGAGACGCUGGAAAUCAGUCCUGGUUCUACAAUCGCCGGCAUCAGUGGAUCCAACAGGGCCAAAUGUGGGUCUGGUGCCUCGAAGCUCAUUUGAACAAGGGCAAAGAAUUUGGCAAGGUGUUGUCUAAUAAUAAAUGCGACAAAAAUAAGAAGAGUCAGCAGUGGAAGUUUGGAGAAGUGCAAUGA